GUUUGGAAAAAAUGGAGGCUACUGAUAUUGAGGGGCAACGGCAAGUUGUGACGCCGAAAAAACCACAAGUUCGAGGGCCACGACGAGUGGCCAACCAGAUCCCAGAUGAGAUCUUGAAUGACCCACAGCUGCAGGAAGCCAUCAGUGUACUGCCUAAAAAUUACAACUUUGAGAUCCACAAAACAGUGUGGCGAGUGAAGCAAGCCAAGGCAAAGAGAGUGGCAUUGCAAUUACCAGAGGGUCUGCAGAUGUUUGCUUGCGUGAUUGCUGACAUCAUUGAAAGGUUCACGGAGGCGGACACCAUCAUAAUGGGGGAUGUGACCUAUGGGGCCUGCUGUGUGGAUGACUUCACUGCCCGGGCCCUAGGGGCUGACUUUAUGGUCCACUACGGGCACAGCUGCCUUGUCCCCAUCGACUCCACCGCAGGUAUAAAGAUGCUGUACGUAUUUGUGGACAUCCAGCUGGAUACGGCUCACUUCCUGGACACGCUGCAGCUGAACUUCACUCCCGGGCAAUCCCUGGCACUCGUCAGCACCAUCCAGUUCGUGGCAGCGCUGCAGUCUGUAAGCGCAGUUCUGAAAGAGAAGUAUAAAGUGCUGGUCCCACAGUGUCGCCCUCUGUCCCCCGGAGAGAUCCUGGGCUGCACCUCGCCCCGCCUUGAGCAUCCUGUCGACGCCAUCAUUUACCUUGGAGAUGGACGGUUUCACCUGGAAUCCAUCAUGAUUUCCAACCCAGACAUACCAGCUUACAGGUAUGACCCAUACAGUAAGGUGUUCACGCGGGAGUACUAUGACCAUAAAGCGAUGCGGUUGAUACGGCAACAGGCCAUCAAGAAGGCGCGCUCGGCCCAGAAGUGGGGCCUCAUCCUCGGCACCCUUGGCAGGCAGGGGAGCCCCAAAAUCAUGGAGCAUCUUGAGUCCAAGCUGAAGGCUCAGGGCAAGUCUUUUGUCAGACUGCUGCUGUCUGAGAUCUUCCCCUGCAAGCUCGACCUGAUGCCAGAUGUUGACGCUUGGGUACAGAUUGCCUGCCCUCGUCUCUCCAUCGAUUGGGGAACGGCCUUCUCAAAACCCCUGCUCUCUCCAUAUGAGGCAGCUGUGGCACUUCAGCAGGUUGAAUGGCAGGAGGUGUAUCCAAUGGACUUCUACGCCAAUCAGAGCCUGGGGCCAUGGACUACCAAUCAUCCUGACAACAAACCACAGCCUACCCGCAGACAGGCCAAAAAGUGUGACAGCAGCACAGCCCUUGCCCCCUCUCAGUGUGGAAAUAAGCAGAGUGCCUGUGGUUGUCGGGAGGAGUUGCCAGGCUAGCAGGGAUUCAGCUCUUACUGCACUUAUCCUGUUCAACUGGAGAAAGUGUAACUCGCACAUCAGAUUUUAUCUGAUCAGACUUUUCCUGACA